AUGAGCAUGCAUGGGGUUUAUCUCGCGGCAUUGCAGCGUUGCGGCGUAGGCACAGCGAAACGUGCCUGGAUGUCUCCUUGUCAAGGGAUUUCCCCAUUGAGUUGGUCCGCCAGGUGGAACGGGACGAAGCCAUGCGGCUCCAGGGAGAGAUUGCGCGACCGCAUGGCACUGCGGGUGACAAGCGUGGCGCUGUACGCGCUGUUGAAUGUCAGUCUAACGCCACACAAACAUUCCUCAAAUGCAACGUACAGCCAGAUCCUCGCUGUUCUUGGCACAACUCCGUCGGUCGGAAGACUCAUGUCGUUGCAAAGACAUGCAGUGCAUAGAAUGUCAAGAUCCAGCAACCUGGUCGACAUUUCUGCGCAAACCCAUGUGCCAGUAUCAGUCGGAUACUGGCAAUUUGCAUGCACUAGAUCUUUUCGAUGCGAAGAUGCAUACCACCCAAGUGAGGUCUCCAUCUGGAACUUAGCUGUCGUGGUAACGCCACCACGGUUCGUGCGACUGAUGAACAUUAACUUUCGCCCCGGUCUAAUGUGCAGGUCCGAAGUAGACACGGCUCUCCUCAUAGGGUAUCGAGUGACGAGAUCAGUUGUCCCGACCAGAAGCUCUGCACGGCAGUUUCAUGUUCGCCACUCAGAGCGCCUGCUGUUGCUCCGAAUGGCCUUGGAACUAUCGCCCAAGCUUGCGUGUCGCUGUGCGACCGUUUCUCGUUACAGUCGCGUAAAUCCGAGAGAUGAGUUGUCGUGUGCAGACGUACCGCGGCUUCCCAGGGGUGCAUCGCUAGCGUGUCCGUUGCUCCUUUUGCGGGUCCCCAGCCGAUCACGCCGCUGCUGUGCAACUUGA